AUGGCCUCGAGUGGAACAAGCUCUGAUGGACGGCCAUCUCGAACAGGAAGUGCGGAUUAUAAAAUGCCAAAUUAUGGGUAUAAAUCUGAUGGAUAUCAAUCAGGAUCAGCCAAUCUUGGAGAUGAUCCUGUUUCUGCGGUUCGAACUUUAAGAAAUCAAAUGAGACAAAAGAUGUCCAACUAUCAAUCAAUGAAUCUACCAGUAAAAGCUCAUCUUUGUCAAACGGCUUGUGAUACUUUAAGCCGAGCUGAAGGGCAAUUAAUCGGAAUGAAUAAUAAAAGAAGAAAUGCACUAAUGGUCGGUGAUAGUGGAAGUGCUGAUCAAAUGAAAGUGCAAAUGGAUCAAGUGAAAGAUGAUGCGAUUCGAAAUGCUUAUGCUGAUCUUGUCACCGAUUCUAAUCAGAUGAACGCGUAUGGAGUGGAUUCAAAGUGGACUCCACAAGAAGAAUCCCAUCCACCGAGAAAUCCCACUCCACAACCAUUGUUGCCAAGGCCAUCGAGUGAUCGAAGACCAUCAACUCGUACCAGAACUCCAGAAAGAAAGAAAACACCUGAGCGUGCAAGGAGUCAAGAUGGAAGAAGAACAAAAAGUCGUCGUGGACCGUCAAAUGAGCGUUUCCGGCCGAAUAGUGUUGCUAGAAAGCCUCGUCGACAACGUCGCCCUCCUAGUCCAGAAGGAAAUCAAACGCCAUUUUCAAUGCAAAAAGGCCCAAAUCCUCAACCUGAAUUUGAUCCUGAUAUUCGUAGAAAUGGUCGACUCGCUGAAAUGGAGAGGCGUAAAAGAGGAGAGUUUAUUCAACCAACAUCACAAGCUGAAGCAAAUGCCAUGUUAUUUGAUAAUCCUUAUAAACCGCCAAAUCAAUAUGGACAAUGCCCAUAUUGUGACCGAGUUGAGCCAAGCUUUGGUAGAAAACAGAAUUUGGAGAGACAUUACACAACUGAUUGCCCAAUGCUUGUGAAAUGCCGCUACUGUAAUAAAGUUGUUCAAGCUAGAGAAUUGACAAAUCAUUAUUUGGAUCGUUGCGUUUUCUUGGAAGACAAAAUGAAGCCGUGUCCUUUGUGCGGAUUGGCAGCUGAUGAGCAUGAUAUUGCGGAUGGAGUAUCACAUCCAUUAUGUCGAGGUCGAAUGGCUCCAUCGGGUGCUCGUUGGUGUGCUCUUUGUGCUGUGGCUGUUGAUGACAACAAGGAAUCAUGGAAGAGACAUCUUCAAUUAGGACCAAAUGGUUGUUACAACAAUCCACGUUUAAAUGGAGAAGAGGCUUUGUUGGAACGACGAGGUUUAGAUGGAAGAGAUCCGAUGGCACCAAAUGAUGGCACAUAUGAUCCAAAUAAUCCAAACGGGGCAAAUGGCGGCACAAACACAACGACAAAUAGCAAAACGUCGACGAAAACGACGAGCAAAUUGAACGGAGCAAAACUUAUUGAUGCAGAUCAAUUGAUUAAAGCCUUACAAGAAGCGCAAAAUGCUAAAAGGGCAUCAAAAGCAGCAAAGAUGAAAGAAAUUGAAAAUAAAGACGUGAAAGAUGCUGUUCCUCCUGCUACAGCUCCUGCUACAACAACUCCUGCUACAACAACAACCACUACAACCACCACCAAAUCGAGUUCA